AUGGUAAAAACUCAUUUUGUUUUGUUUAAUUUAGAUGACAAAGGGAUUAAAGGAAAAGCAAAAUGGCUGGUGUAUCUAAAUCAUUUCAUUGUCGGAUGGGAUGACAAUAUCUGGUGGUUUGCGCUCGGACUGUUCCUUGUGGAGAUAACACCACAGAAUCUUCAGUUCACAGCAAGCUAUGGCCUAGUGGGUGGCAUUGCCGUCCUGUUGUUCGGUACCGUUGUGGGAGACUGGGUUGAUCGUACCUCUAGGCUCACUGUGGCAAGAGCAACAGUUCUUGUUCAGAACUCGGCCCUGAUUGUGUGUUGUCUAAUCGUCUAUGUCGUCAUAGAGUACAAGACCGAUGUAGCCAGUGUUCUUCCGAAUGAAGGGUUACUGCGCAUGUGCUAUGCCCUUAUUAUAAUCAUCGCCAUUUUAUCCAACUUAACCAACAUGGCGCGAAAGACGGCUAUAGAAAGGGACUGGGUCGUUGAAAUUUGUGACAAAGACAAAGAUAUGCUCGCAACUCUGAGUGCUACAAUGCGGAGAAUCAGUUUGUUAACAAUGGUUAUAGCACCUAUAGUAACAGGUCAGAUCCUUAGUCGUACCUCACACAGCACAGGUGCACUUGCAGUCGCCGGCUGGAAUUUCGUAACCAUUUUUGUAGAAUAUGCCCUUUUAUGGAAAAUAUACCAAGAGGUUCCUCAACUGCGGAGGGAAAAGGUCAGGGAGGAGCGUCAUCAGAUGUCUGUCGGACAUAUGCAAGGUGUCGAUAUGAUAAUGGAGUUUAAAGAUCUAGAAGAAAAUGGUGAUCAUAUGGUUACAAAUGUAAAUACAACAGAAGAGCCAGUGCGCGAUGAGAUGGCGGAACAACAAUACAUCAAAAAGAUGAAAUUUGUCAACGAGAAACCAAAGUACACAUUCUUGACGAGUCUGUGCGCAAGUUUCAUCACGCUGAGACGUGGAUGGAAAAUAUUCAGAGGCUAUAACGUGGCAUUUGCGGGGCUUUCUUUGGCAUCUCUUUACCUUACAGUGUUGGGAUUCCAUAGCAUCACUAUUGGGUAUGCGUAUUCACAAGGACUUAGUGAGGACCUAAUUGGGGGUCUCUUGGCAGCUGCAGCAUGUUCAGGCAUUAUCGGAACUUUCCUGUAUCCAAGGAUACGGAUGCGCAUUGGUCUUCAGAGAACGGGGCUCUAUGCUUUAGCAGCGGAAAUAAGUAGUCUCACACUGUGUGUAAUAUCCAUCUUUUGUCCCGGAAGUCCGUUUGAUCCGCUUUAUUUUUCACGUUAUUCAAAGGUUAUAAAUAACACCGAAACAAUAACCGAGUCAUACCUGUCAACGUUUUAUACCAACAAUACCACAGUGAAUGUUACUUCUGAGCCAACCACUGCUCCGGCUCCCUUUGCGUCGUCAUAUGUGUCAAUUUCACUUCUUAUGACGGGAAUUAUAGGUGCCCGGAUAGGUUUGUGGCUAGCUGAUCUCACAAUUACCCAGCUGUUUUUAGAAAGCGUUGACGUCACAGAACGUGGAAUCGUGGCAGGGGUUCAGAACGCCCUUAAUCAACUGAUGGACAUGAUCAAAUAUGCAAUUGUGCUUCUACUUCCGGUUCCGGAAGUAUUCGGAUACCUUGUCAUAAUAUCGUAUUGUUUCAUUUGCCUAGGAUGGAUCUUAUUUGCGGUGUAUGUGAAGAAAACACGCGGUUACUUGUUCCCUUGCUUUAAACCAGAGCGUCUUGAAUAUAAAUGAUACAUUCUUUAAAUUUUAUAAUAGAAGACUAUAUGUUCAAAAGUCACUUAAAUGUUCAUGUUUGAAUGAUACAAAACAGUGACAUGAGAUAGAGACAUAUCCAUGUUGUUUUAGUCUGUGCGAUUUCAUGAAAAAGAAUAUGUACUAGUAUCUAAAAUACUACAAAACUUAUUUGAACACUUUUAGGCUCAUGGCUGAUUCCGUAUCAGUUAUGACACAACUGUGCUAUAGUUUUUGUUGCGGGCCUACUUUACGAUGCAUGGCUCUUUGGCUGUAUCUGGGUGUUCUGUGCUCUGCGAAAUCUACCAAUCUACCCUUACCUUUUAUGUUAAUAAGAUGCGGAGGAUGACUUGUCUUGUGCAAAAGUGUUAUAGAAAAAAUAUUUCAAGUUU